UGGAGAUGAAGGCGGUGCAAAUGGUAGCAGACGUCUGGCGAUCGUGAUAUAUCUCGUAAAACACGAUGUUUUCGUUAUAAACAUCGCUCUUUGUGGUCUUUAUCGACGAGCAAGCGAAGUUCGUGUGUGUGGUCGUUCAUUCGUGGUCGAUAGAAAGUGUUGUUCGAUGAAUGCAUACAAGUACCCAGAGCUGCAGAGCUAUCCUACUGAUAUGAGAUCAGCCGAAUAGGAAUUAUAGGGUCAUAAGUUUGUGUGUUCAGCUGAAGGCUGGGUCCAAGUGGACCCUAUCCAGACCUUCGCGAUUGUUUGGGCUGUGAUAACAGACAUGUCAACGCCCGGGGGAGCUGGUGGAUCGUCAUCCACCAGCUACGUUGUACCCGCUGGGCUACAGGAGCUCCUUAUUGAAUUCACGGUGUCUGUGCUCGUAGAACAGCCGCCUGACCUCACCAGCUAUGCGGCUGAAUACUUCGGACGACUUGCAGAGGAGCGAGCUGGCGAAGCGCCGCACCAGCGGUCCGAUGACGAAUCUAUGGCCACAGACGACGACGAACCCAUGCCUGAACCUCCGCCAGGUCGCAUCACGAGACGGAAGUCGGUAUUCGCCGAGGCGUACAACCCUGAGGAAGAUGAUGACGAGGGAGAGCGGAUCAUCCACGCGAAGUCAGACGAGCAGCGGCAGCGGCUGGGCGAGACGGUGCGCAACAUCUUCCUUUUCCGAUCUCUGGACCAGGAGCAAGUGGGCGAAGUGCUGGACGCCAUGUUCGAGAAGCGCGUUGAGGUCGGUGACUGCGUCAUCAAGCAGGACGAUGACGGUGACAACUUCUACGUCAUCGAGAGCGGAUGCUUCGACAUUUUCGUGAAACAAGAGGGCGGACAAGAUCGUUUGGUGGGCAAGUAUGAGCACUCUGGGUCGUUCGGAGAGCUCGCCCUCAUGUACAACCAGCCCCGCGCUGCAACCAUCAAGGCCACCACCCCGGGGGCGCUAUGGGCUAUGGAACGCACCACCUUCCGCCGCAUUCUCCUCAAAUCCGCCUGCAAGAAGCGCAAAAUGUACCAGGGCCUCCUCGAGAAAGUCCCCAUGCUUAAGAGCUUGGAGCUGUACGAGCGCCUGAACCAUCAGCCGCCUUUCUGUGGGAGGGUUCUUCGGAGAGUUGGCGCUCGUGACCAAGAAGCCUCGCGCGGCGUCCGCUUACGCCGUCGGUAACGUCAGACUAGCCUUCUUGGACGUGAAGGCGUUCGAGCGGCUGUUGGGCCCCUGCAUGGAGCUCAUGAAGAGGAACAUCGACGACUACGAGAUGGAGCUCGUCAGGAUCUUCGGGUCCAAGGCCAACAUUUCCGACAUUCGAUGAGCACAAUGAAGAGCCAUAGCCUCGCCCCCCUCCUCGCACGGAUCAUCAAAAUCUUUCACACUCUUCAGGGACACUCGGCAGACAUUUAUCUGCUAUGUUAUUGGUUAGGAUGUUCGUGUAGUGAAUGCAUUGGAAUGUGCCGGGGAUUGGAACCCAUGAAUUUUAUAAUCACGAGUAUGCGAGCUUUGUCAGUUCAUUAAAUAUAUUUAUGAAUUCGCCUAUCAUUAGGAUUUAAUGAAGUACAACUUUAAAUUGUACUAUAAUGAAGAUUAGAGAAUUGAAAGCAGAAAGAAAUGAACAGUCAGCCGCGGCCGAGGAAUGGCCCUGUUUAAUAAUCAAUGCGUGUCCCCGGGGUUCGAGUGUAAUUGUGUCGAGUUAUUCGAAAUUUAUAAAGACUUAAAUGAAGAAUUUAGAUAACAAUAGAGGUCAAGAUUUAAAAUUUAAUACCAAAGUAAUUUUUCAUUGACGUAUGUAAAAGUUAUUAAGUCAACUACGUUGCAUGUUGCGAAUCAUCUGAUCAAAUAUCAUUAUCACUUGAAUGCGAACGUUAAGUUAUUAGUAAUAAAUUACAAAGUCAAUGCUCUGGAAGCAUUCUUAGAUUCGAAAAUAACUGGAAACGAAUAAAGAAACCUCUUAUUGGUGAGAACCAAGAAUUUAUUUUAUUGGGUCAUUUUACUGAAUCAAUGAGAAUGCUUGUAUUGGUUUACCCAUGACUUGCAGAAAAUUAUUUCUAAACAAAUUUUAAUGAAAACAGGUCGUUGCUUUGUGGUACAUUGCGACACGCAAUGGUUUGUACGAUUGUCGUAUCGUCAGAGGUAUUUUACUUCUCCCAAGUGUCUUUGCAUUCUUAGAUUUUCUUGCAUAGAGUAAACUCAAGAAAUAUUUUUUUUGCGAAAUUUCAAAUUGGAAUCUUGCUUUGACUUUUAGGCGUAGUAGCAAGUCUCUGAUGUAUUUGUACCCUGGCUGUACAUGACCUGUGCUCUUUGUCUCCUCUCAUCGUCGGAGGAGACGACAUGUGAACGACUCGCCACUCUCUGGUCGAGUGUUCCGUUACGAUACCACGCAAAAUAGUAUAGAGAUUUUCACGUGUGGACGCUCCUUGAUUUAUUUUUGCUCGACAGAUUUAAAUUAACGGUUUGAAUCCGUUCUGCCUGCCUUGUAUAUUUUUUACUAACAAUGUAAAUUAUGAGAAGCCUAUUGCAUAAGGUUUAGUUGACGUUACCGGUGGUAAUUUCAGUGAUUUUCGUGACUAUUUUAUAAAGUUUUUUCGAACUACGUCCGGUAAAAAGUUUGAUGGAUGAAGAUAUUUGGUUCGUGAUUUUUGUACUAGUGAUGUCUGCUUCGAAGAAGAUUGGAAAAAUGAGAAAAAAUAACGUUUAAUGUCUGGGUCUGUUUUGUUCUUAAAAAAAAUUCUCAAAAAUCGUUUGGGGAUGUCAUUACAUUGUAAAUGAAUUCUUCUAAAAUUAAUUUUUUUCGACUCGCUUAAAUUCAUUUGUCUACAUUUUGAUUUCAAAAUGAAACGUUGAGACGAGCUUUGUGUAGACUGUUUUCAUGUCUAUUUUGUUUUUCUUACUUCUAUAUAAGUUCGGGGUUCUUGGCUCAAAUCCCAGUUGUAAAAAUUGUCCAAUUUUCAACAGAACCUUAUAUGGACUUUUUCAACCCGAAACACUUUUCUACACAUUUUUCUAUUGCUAAUUUUGCUACUUGAGUUUAACUCUCCAUCCUACUACCUGCUCAACACAGAAACUUCAAUACACAUAUCCUUCACUGCAGCUUUGGAAGCUAGACUUGCUCUCCUUGUAAUUUGUCUGCCCUGAAAGGGAAGAAGCCAAACCAUCUGCAGUAUAGGCCUUGGUUUCGAGUCGCGUGCCUCACCACUACCACAUGCCAGUGAUACGUAAUUAAAGAUCAUUGAUCCUCUCUCCACAUGACGUUUGAUUUCAUGAGUUUCACUUGUACGUCUAACCUGAUCAAUCAGAGUCACGGUCGUUAAUGAAGUUGAACUUUGCUUGCUCAGUAGGCAGUCAACUCUAUACCGGUGUUAAUUAAGAUUGCAGUGUCUCCAUGGAUAGUCAAGUUUGUGGUGUCAAGUAGAGGCUUCAGCGACUCGAACCAAACGCCUAUGUAAAGAAGGCCUUCAGGAGGGAGACAGUGUUAGAUUCUGUUGCUGGACAAACUGUUAUUCCUCGUGCCGUAGGUUAUUGUUGUUUACUAUCUAUUCUAAUAAUAAUUAUAAUAGUUAUAAUCUUAACUAUCCAAAUGAGUGUUCCCUCUAUGCUGUUCGUAUGCAUGAUUAUAUUUGAGCAAACGGGAAUAAUUUUACUAUUAUCGAGGCACUAAUUUCUGGGCCAAAACAAUGGAAAGAAUUCGCGUGAUCGAAGUAAAAGCUUUAAAAAGAUUUUCGGCAGCUUUUUUGCAGGGUUGUUGCUAAUUCUAUCAUGCGUGCAUCAAGUUAUUUUCAGUGUUGCUAGCCUCAAAUCUAAUAAAGAUGCUUGGCUGAAUCUAUCUGUUAGGUCUCGAGGCUGAGGUGUACAUAGAAUCAAAGUUUGAUGGCUAGUGCGUUUAGUGACGAAUAAUAUAGAAUUUGUGCGAUGUGCACUUUAAGACGCUCACUGUUUUGUGUUAAUAAUAAACCGAAAUUUGAAAUGUAUGCAAUAUAAGUUACAUUUUAUGUCACGCUCAUCAGCUGUUGCCUUUGUUCAUAUCUGUUAUCGCUAUGCUAUCAACUCGUUGAGCUAGUUUCUUACUUCCUAUAACAUUGCAAUAUAUUUGAAAUUAUUUUUCUGUACGGAGAUAACUUUUUCUAAAGCAAAAACCUAUGAGUUGCGGCUCAAAUAACUGAAAAAUUUUCUAGGAUUAUUCUACACAGAGCAUAAAUCUUUGCACUCGUGCAAUACGAUGUCUAUUUCGUUUGUGUGCUUCUUUAUUUAAAAUAUGAAAACUACAGUUCCGAGUCUGUUUAAGGGGACAGAUUCUUGUAAAUAAUAUUGCUCUAUUGUAUAAAGGGAUGAAAGUUAUUAUGGAUCUAAACAGACGACUAUUUUGGUAUACAAUAUCAUAACCUUUAGGCGUGCUCGUGCUAUAUUCGAUCUAAGUCGUACUCGUGCAAUUGGAAGAAUUUGUACUAACAUUUCUGGUUAGCUUUGAAGGAAGUGUCCUAGGAUCUAGAACGCAAGCGAUAUCUUUCGGAUAGAUUGAUCGCGAAAGAUCUUUCACGAGCUUAGUAAUUAUUUAAGAAGUUCUCUCACGAAAGCAACUGGAAUUUCAACAUCAAUAAUUGAUUCAGGAGGUGACGUUGACCUAUAGAAACGACAAAAUUUGGAGCGAGAAUAAGGAGAUGUUUGGUGUUUUAUUUAUACGAAUAAGAAAUGAAAUUUGCAAUUCUGGACAACCCGUGUGUACGUAGCGUUUAGUCGGUGUGUGUCUGUAAAACCUGCUCCGCAUGAACGAUGAAAAUUAGCAUCCCAAGCUGUUUAAAUGAAGUUUUGAAGUUGUUAAAACCUUUUAUGGCUUAGGUAUCUCCCUGUGUAUGAUCCAAGUCAAUAGUUACGUGUGCACGAAACGCAUUUUUCUUAUUUGCAUGGCAGUGAUUUUGGUUAGAAAUUUUCCGUUAUGGAUUCUAGAAAGAUAUCGUCAAUUAAAUUUGAACUUUUUAAACAAGUUUAGAGUUCAUUUCCCUUAACGCAUGUAUUUGUCAGUUUUGUAAAAAUUUACAAUUACUCUCACUGAACGAACGUUCGGACUCUGUUUACCUAAACCCAUUCCUGCCUGUUUGAGUGUGGCUAUAAUCGUUCGUGCGAAUCUGGUUUUAAUUCCUGAUCUGCAUGCAAGAAAAUCUCGGUGUUCUGGAGUCUGUUCCCUACAGCAUCGUUGUCAUUUCUAAAUGUUGGAUUAAAAACAAAUUUCAUGCAUUUUACUUCGUAGAUUUUCUUCCUUCCACACCAUUUUGAAACCUUUGAUUUCACUCGCGCAUUUCAUUCAUGGGACACCCCUUCCUACAAGUUCUGACUAAUGCUUCACAAGAUGUAUUAUUCAUAAGAACCUUAAUAUCUUGCGCCAUUCAUUUGAACUUGAAUGAGCUAUACCUCAUAAAACCAGUGGCAAACAUCCCUGACCCUAGAAUAUUUAUGGAGUCCUCGGAAUCAAAAAAAUUUAUCGGGAGAGUAACUUAGUGACUUACAGUUACAUUGAACAUGCUUCUUCUCUGAUUUGGUGGUGUCUGUUAAUAGAUUUUUCUGAUUUUUUUUUUAUGUUGAGUCAGCUUUUUAUGGAGGUUUUUCAUCGAUGCAUUUCAACUACUACCUUGAUGUCGGCUCUUGACUUAUCUGCUGCAAAACUCGUCAUGUACCUUAUUCAAUAAAGCGUUUUUCUCAGUUUACAGCAUUGGCUCUGAAAUUCGUUCGCAUAUAUUAGGAAAUGCUUUACUUUCUCGGAACGUCACUUGCUUUUCAAUUCAUUAACGAUCCAGUUAUAAAACAAUUGGACUCGGAUAAGAUAUAUAUUUGAAUGGAAGUAUAAUUUAAUUCUUGACGUAACCGAAGAAAAAAAUAUCUUUAAGGAAAAUAUUUGUCGGAGCUCACUUUUUGCGAUGCCAGUACGAGCAUUUUUCCAAUGAUACCAAGGUUGAUACGCUCUUGUCUGAAGAUGGAAAUUUCGAGAAUUGUAACUUCUUGUGCAUUUUUUUCAUCUUGGGUAUUGUUGGAGACCAGUUGCGCCGCACGAUUGUUCAGGCUCAUUAACUGCAUUUACUUGACCAUUUCCAUGUUUUCACAUUUCUGAGUUUACGUAUCCAAAUUCGUACCGGCAAAUAUUUGUACCCUUCGAAAUGUUAUGUAAAGAGGAUUGUGUAAUUCAUUCUUUGCCGAGUACGGUAACCGUUACCUAUACUAGGGCGUUAGAAACUUAACUCAUCGCUUCUUUUGCGGAUGUACAGGUUCCGUUGUAAACAGUAAAAAUCACAAUCUGUU